CAAAAACGAUUGCACUACUUCCUUUUUUAAAACUCGUUUUACAAUACACAUAAUAUGAUUAUUCCAGUUCGUUGUUUCUCUUGCGGUAAAAUUAUCGGUAACAAGUGGGAUAACUACUUAUCCUUAUUGCAAGCCGAGUAUACUGAAGGUGAGGCAUUAGACGCUCUUGGACUCAAGCGUUAUUGUUGUAGACGUAUGGUUUUAACCCAUGUCGAUUUGAUUGAGAAACUCUUGCAUUAUAAUCCUUUGGAACGUUCAAGAGAUCGCGGACGUGCUUAAGAAUGUUGAAAUAAAAAAAAAUGUAUAUGACCCUUAUUUCACCCAAUUAUUCAACCAAUUUCAACAUGACGACCCUUGUUCUCCUUAUUAUAUUACACAUCACGCACUUUCUGUCGCAUUCUCUCUAGACACCUUUUUUCCAUUGUUUUUUUUUCUUUGUACACAGUAAAAUAAAACCAGUGUUUCCAUUAA